AUGCUGACUGGUCGUAAAGCCACUGCUGAGCCCCCAGCAACAGAUAUUGAGGCGGAAGAGCCGUUACUUGGGGCAUCGGGCAGUGCCGGUGAAGCUCCAGGUCUACUUUUCCCAGCACCACCACCUCCCACCUCCGGAAACACCAGCACCGUGGCCCUUCCUCCACAGAAGAAAAGGCACACUCAAGCCAAAACCGCCGCCACCGGUCCCACUCAGCAGCCAGCAUCUCUCCUGCCCACCAACCCCAAUACCACCGCUCCCGAACAGCAGCCGGCAACAAUCCUGCCCCCGGCCAACAUGCAACGGAAGUGUACCAACAAGACCUAUACCGUUGGUGUCCCCCCGGGGUUUGAGCGGCCACAUAUUCCCAACGAGGAGAUUGUUUGGCUGACUGAUGCUUGUGGUGGUGAUUUCAAGAGCUGGGCCUAUGCACUUCAGGGCUCGACGAUGGUCGUCUGCUUUCUUUGA